AAAGUAUAUGUAUGUUCAAACCUGAAUCGUAAGAAAAUAGUAAAAAAAAAAAUUAGAAGUAUGAAGUGCCACGAUUCAGAUGCUACUGAUACACAGUUUAACUUGUUUGCCAAAAAGAUAGCUGAAGAAUGUCGUGAUAUUGUGAAUGAUAAACCGCCGAUACCACCUUGCGAAAGGACUAAUCUAAAAACACCAACACUGCACACAUUUUGUAACCACAAUAUUAAUAUUCAAUACAAAUAUCAGAAUGACGACAAAAGUGGAAAGCCAAAACCGUGUGGAAUUUGUAUUAAGCUAGAUGAGAAGGGGAAGAAACACUCACCAUGUCCGCUUUGUACAAAAAAGGAAAUGUCACGCGAAGAGAAAUUGGCCGAAGCUAUUAAAUGCAUUUCUAGCCCUCUUCCCAGGUGGUUCAAUGAACCAGAACGUUGUGAUCCAAUGAGCGUGUGCUGUCGUAUGUUAGGAGGUAUCAAAAAAUGCCCUAGAAAGGAGGACCCGUGUUCGUGUCCAGAAUUAGAACCUCCAUGCAAGGUAGACAAAUUCGCUGUAAAUUAUCCUCCAAAUAAAUUAAUUUUGUCUUCUGGAUUGCAAAAAAAUACUAAAUGUAAACCAAAUUUUCGAUGUCAGGGGAUUGUGAGCACUGAUGAUUAUCAUACUUUCAAACCAAACUAUAAAAAUUUACCCUUGACUGAGAAAUUCUAUUCUAAAUAUGAACAUUUGGAAAACAUCGAUACUCCGGAAGUUAGGUACUAUCAGAAUGAAUUGGAAAAAAUCGAGAAUUACUUUCCUAGAAACGAAUUUUGUGUACCCCGUUAUACAAAUCAGAAUUAUGGUUGGUUGGAGAAUAAAACCAUGAGAAAUCUCGAGUUCUGUGAUGCUAAUCGUGUAAGCACACCAAAGGUUUUACAAAAUUUGAAGUCAUUCGAAAAUAGACGUUUUGAUCCCAUACAAUUGCAAUAUUGCCUAUGCCAUGAUAUGAUAAAGCAAAUGGAUCAUUGGAAAAUUGUUUGAGAUCGAUUAAAUUGAAAAAUGAAAACUCAUCACACAUUCUCAUAAACAUUAUUAAAAUGUAUAUAAAUUAAGUUGAUUUCAAUUAAAUAAAAUUAUGAACAUUUCUAUAUUGGGA